CUGCCUAUUGCUCAUUUCAAUGACAAAACCCAUUCUUUCUUUUUACCUCUUUCUUCAGUACUCUGUUUUUCCUCUUUUCCCUUUAUUUAUUCAUCAAUAGAUUCUCCUUAUAACCUCUCCAAACUGCCUCUCUUCCCUUCCGGCCUCUUCCUCUUCUUUCAAAAUAAGAAGACCCAUUUCUUCUUCUUCCCUUGAAACUUUCUUGCAAGCUCAGAAAUGUCAAGUAGAGCAAGUAAGCGAGUGAGUUUCAGCCCAGAUGUUAAUGAUAAACCACCAGUCUUUGUCAAACAUGGAGGCAGUAAAAAAUUAGGUGGAAGCAGGAGGCGAGUCAGCGUUGGAAUUUUCAGCUUUAGAGUACCCAAGAGCUCAGAAUUUUCGCCAGGAAGCUUUCUCAGGCGUCUCGGUGCUAAAAUGGCAAGAACUCGCUGUUUUCUGUCCACCCCAAAGAGAUCUUCGUGUAAAGUUUCUUCAUCCACUCUGCAAAGAUCAAGGUCUUUAGCAGACUCAAUCGACUCUCACAGAACUGAAGCUAUCGAAGAUUGCAUCGAGUUCUUGAAUACUUCUUCCUCAAUUUCAAGAUCAAACUCAGUUUCUGCAAGUUCUUGCUAGAACUUCUGCAGCAAAUGGACAAAGCAUAUAAAGGUAACCAACAAAUAGUAUCAUUUUAACAGGUUUUUAUCAGAUGCCCUGCAAGUUCCUUGCAGUACAAUUAGUGACUAUAGCUCCACUGAGCCGCAUCAAGCUGACGUAGAGAAAGAGGAUGGCAUUGAGAAAGCAAGGAAUGUCUAAGAGAGGAGCUAAUGGGUCAGUUGCCUGUAAGAAGUUUUAGCUAAGAUAUAGGACAAAUAGCAGUAAACACGUGUUGUGAUGAUUGCAUUAUAAAACAAACUGCAAUUUUAUGAUAAAAUGCCGUGCGCCUCUGUUUAUGCUUGAAACAUGCAGGACUGGUUAAACAUGUUGUGU